AUGCCUAGUAACGGAUACAAACAGCGGAAGGCUACUCACCUCACUCCUGACCAAGAUGAAGACAAAGAUCUGAUAGAGCCAAUUGCAAUAUGCGGCCUUUCAUUCAAGUUUGCCCAAGAUGCAACAUCCACCGAGGCCUUCUGGAAGAUGCUCGUAGAGAAACGAAGCGCAAUGACCGACUACCCCAAUGACCGGUUGAACAUUGCAGGAUUCUUCGAUCCAACUCGGCAGAAUGCCCUCAAUCAUCGUGGAGGGCACUUUAUUGCCGAAGACCUCGCAUGUUUUGAUGCUGAUUUCUUCACGAUCAAACCUUCUGAUGCAGCCGCCAUGGACCCAAUGCAGCGUCUUCUUUUAGAAACCACAUUUCACGCCUUGGAGAAUGCCGGAAUACGACUUGAAGACGUUUGGGGCUCUAACACUUCGGUGCAUACGGGCUGUUUUUCCAACGAUUACUUCCUACAGCUGCUCAGGGAUGCUGACAGACUACCUCAGUACGCAGCGGUAGGUGCAGCCCAAACAAUGUUGGCAAAUCGGAUUAGUUGGUUUUUUGAUCUUCACGGUGUCUCGUACAAUGUGGAUUCAGCCUGCUCUAGUAGUGCUGUGGCAGUAGAUCAUGCCUGUCAGUUACUCAGAAGUGGAUCUGUUGACAUGGGCAUUGCUGCUGGUUCCAACUUGAUCCUAGAUCCGGACUACAGUACGAUAUUGAGCAACAUGCGCAUUAUAUCACCAGAUUCACGAAGCUAUGCAUUUGAUCACCGUGCCAACGGCUAUUCUAGGGGGGAAGGCAUUGCAGUUCUUGUAUUGAAAAGACUUUCAGACGCUAUUCGGGAUAACGAUACAAUUCGUGCCGUAAUUCGAGCCUCGGGAUCAAGCCAAGAUGGGUAUAAAUCUGGAGUUACUCAACCAUCUCAAAAGGCACAGGCUCGUUUGAUUCGUGAGACUUAUCAAAAGGCCGGUCUGACCAUGAGGCACACCAAGUUCAUUGAGGCUCAUGGCACCGGGACUCGGAUAGGAGAUCCUAUAGAAAUAGCUGCAAUUGCUGACUCUUUUCGUCAUUACCGAGACAGCUCAAGUCCGUUAUACGUUGGUGCAGUGAAGACAAAUAUAGGCCAUCUAGAAGGUGCUAGUGGCAUUGCAGGCCUUAUCAAGGCUAUACUAGUUGCUGAAAAUGGCAUCGUUCCCCCUAACAUCAAUUUUGAAAAGCUACAACCAAGGCUUGCAGCAUAUGAUUCCUUCAUAAAGAUGCCGACGUCGCCGAUAGCAGCAUGGCCACAUUCAUCAGAAAUCAGGCGGGUUUCUUUACAUUCAUUUGGUUUUGGAGGAACAAAUUGUCAUAUUGUGAUUGAUGACGCAGAAAGUUAUCUCAGACGGCAUCAAUUGCAGGGUAAUCAUCGAACACUGUUGGAACCCACUGCUCAUAAAACCACAAAUGGUCACCACCAAAGGCACGACUCUGGGGUAGAGGACACAUUCUCCCCAUCUCAUACUCCCAAACUCCUCUGCUGGUCAGCUUCAAAUGAGCAGUCACUGAAACGGCUGCUGGCCGAUUGGGACUCAUACUUUCGAAGAAAAGCAGACGACAAGGAACCGUCAUGGUUGGAUGAUGUGGCCUAUACACUCGACUCUAGACGAAGCUCUUUCUUAUGGAAGUCCUUUGCCGUCGUAUCAUCAUCUUCCGAUCUCAAGAAAGCUACGCAAUUAGCCUCCGAAGGCAAGCCAAGUCAAAGUCUUGCACCCCGGAUAGCCUUUAUUUUCACCGGUCAAGGAGCUCAGUGGCAUGGAAUGGCUCGGGAGCUUCUCGCAUACCCCGAUUUCCUCAAUGUGGUCGUGGAAGCUGAAUCUAUAUACCAAAAUUUGAAUUGUUCUUGGUCUGUUCGAGAGGAAUUGUUGAGGAACGAAUUGGAUUCUAACAUCAAUGCCCCUCAUAUAUCUCAACCCUUGACAGCAGUCAUACAAAUUGGUUUGGUUGAUUUAUUGAAAUCAUUUCGAGUGACGCCAGUGGCCGUCGUUGGCCAUUCGAUGGGAGAGAUUGCUGCGGCGUACUGUGCAGGAUUCAUCGAUAAAAUUUCCGCUCUUAAGCUUGCAUUUUAUCGCGGCUCACUUGUCGCAUCUAUUCCAACCAGAACAAAUUAUACCAAGGGAGCAAUGAUAGCAGUAGCAUUAUCGGAGAUGGAGGUACAGCAAUAUUUGGACACUCUCAGCUGCCAGACUGAAGCAAUCAGUCUAGUUGUUGCCUGUAUCAAUAGUCCGGCCAGCGUAACGGUGUCCGGAAACGAAGAGCACAUCGAGAAACUAGAGCGUGUGCUUCAAGAAGAUAAGAUUUCCACGGUACGAUUGAAGACAGCUGUUGCAUAUCAUUCCCCUCAUAUUCAAUCUAUUGCCGAAGACUGCUUACAGGCUUUCAAUAACCUGCAGAUAGCAGAACCAUCAUCAUCAAAUGUCAGAAUGGUCUCUUCUGUUUCAGGUGAUGAGCUCUGCGGAGAGAGAGCCCGGGAGUCAAGCUACUGGGUAGCUGGUAUGCUUUCGCCAGUUCGUUUCUCAAAAGCUAUCCAGCGCCUCUGUCGAGAUUCUGUCGACUCUUUACGCAUGAAAAUUGACGGGAGUCAUGGACAGGCUAUUGUCGUGGACACUUUUAUUGAGAUUGGGCCACAUUCAGCUUUGCGUCUUCCAAUUCAGGAAAACUUGAAAACCCUACCCCGAGACCGGAAUUUCAGUUACCUCCCUUCACUGAUUCGUAACCGUCAGGCGGAUUUAUCACUGUUGCAAUUGCUUGGAGACCUCUAUUGUCGUGGGUUCCCAGUGGACAUACGCCGGGUGAACAACCCGAGCCCUGAUUCCUCAGCCAAGAACUGCAUCAGUCUUUCGGACACCCCAGCUUACCCCUUCGAUCACUCAAAGAAGUACUGGGGGGAAAGUCCCCUGAGCAGGAACUAUCGCCUUCGCCCAUAUGGACACGUGGAAUUGCUGGGGACUCGAUCUCGAGAUUGGAAUCCUCUGGCGCCUGAAUGGCGUUGUUACGUGCAAGUCACUGAGAUGCCAUGGCUUCUGGACCAUACAGUCAAUGGAAGGUCAAUAUAUCCUGCGUCAGCAUUUAUCUGUAUGGUGUUGAAAGGGGCGUCCCAAGUUGUAGACGGUGGAAAGAGUAUUACAGGUUUUACAUUGCGCAACGUCCGCUUCCUGUCUGCAAUACCGAUUUCCUCCAGCUCUACAGAUCUUGAAACACGAUUGAGGCUCAACCCUAUCGGAUCAGAUACUUCUCAACACACCGAAUGGCAUUUCACUGUCUUUUCUGUAGUAGCUGGCAAUUGGACCAAGAAUUGCAGUGGAAUGGUCCAGGUCCAUUACCAGGCAAAUCGGAUAUGGCUGGAACCGUCACAUUAUCGAGAGCGCUGGGCUUCAAGAGAAAAAAUUUGCACGUACCGAAUGAACGCUUCGGACGUUUAUACCAACUUCAAGAAAUGUGGCUUUGAUUAUGGUUCUUCAUUCCAGGGAAUUAGUACUGCUGCACAUGACUCCAACGCAGUAGUCGUGGGUUCCAUAUCCCUUGAUCGACUUUUGUCCAUUUCCACUGUCAAUGCAGGAUCCGUGAUACAUCCUGCGUCUCUUGAUUCUGUCAUGCAGCUCGCAUUUUUGACCCUUAACGCAAACCAUGCGAAGCGCAUACCUACCCAGGAGGUCUCCACCAUCGAUAGGAUGUGGAUAUCCAACGAAGGACUGAGUCCUUCUUCAAAUUCUAUAGUCGCAUCUGCAAGUCUUGAUCUGGAUAAACCUCGCAACAAAACCUACUCAAUCUUCGCACUGAGUGCGGAUAAUCAACAUGUACGAGUGGUAUUGGAGGGUCUAAAGACGACCACCACCCAGUCACCAUCAUCGCCAAGUAACUCAUACACUACAAACACCAUUGGUGGCAUCCCGAGACUGUCUAGCAAAGAACAGUUCUGGUACMCCUUCCGUACCGGACCCGACGUAGACAUGAUUCCGGCGGACGCAAUGCUGAAACGGUUGGAUCACAUAUGUGGACCAGAUGUAGUAGGGCCGACGCAGUAUGCAUCAGCCCUACGAUUGUAUCUCUACUUUAAAAUGAAAGAGAUAAAAGAGUUCCUGAGCUCUACCAACUUUGUACCAGAGAAGUCACAUCUUCGCCGAUAUUUGCAGUGGAUAGAUUGGCAGCUGUCCAUGUCCGAUGAGACGACGGCCCUAUCACCCAUCGAAAUCAGCGGCAAUUUGAGAUCCCAUAUUGAGGAGCAAGGGGAAAUGGGCAGAUUCUUUCUACAGGUUUCAGAUAAUGCGUUGAAUGUUCUGCGAGGGAAUGUGGAUAUUGUCCAGUUGCUGUUCACGGGCAAUAACGUUGAAAAGUUCUACCAGAACCAAUCCUUUGGCUCAAUAUAUUACCAGAAGCUCACGGCAUAUCUCAAGGACCUCUCAUUCAAACAUUCGAACAUGACUAUUCUAGAGGUCGGUGCCGGUACGGGUUCAUUUACGGAGCAUAUCCUAAAUGCUCUAUCGGGGGAGGACGGAGCACUCAAUUACGCCAAGUACUGCUUUACAGAUGUCUCUCCGGCCUUCUUUGAAAGAACACAAAGCCAAUUCAAUAAACACAAGCGCAAAAUGACCUUCAGCAUUCUUGACAUGGAGAAAGACCCAAAUGCGCAAGGAUUUGAGGAAGAGUCAUAUGACAUGAUCGCGGCAUCCAAUGUCUUACACGUAACCACAGAUCUCGAAAAGGCACUUCAUGGGUUAAGGAAACUGCUCAAACCUGGUGGGAAGCUGAUAUUACAUGAAGUGGUGCGCCCAGAUAGUAUUCCGGCAUCCUUUGUGUUUGGACUUCUUCCGGGAUGGUGGCCAGCAAGCAAAGAUGGCCGCUCUAUGAGCCCCGUUGUAGAUGAAGCACGGUGGGAUACCUUGCUUCACUCAAGUGGGUUUUCUGGAGCCGAUCUCUGUCUUAGAGAUUAUGCGGACCAGGAGUCUCAUUUGAUGAGUAUCAUUUGCACGACAGCCGAUGAAUUGCCAGAAAGAGAGAACGGGUGUAGCUCAGAAGUGACGGUUAUCGUGGAGCCAGAAUCAUCCUUGCAACAAGAUUUAGCAAAGGACAUAAUUUCCCAGCUGUCUACUCAUGGCUUCAAUGAGACUCGUAUUGUUACAUUGUCCGAUUCGAUUGCGGAAGGUAAUAUAUCACCCAAGUCAGCGAUAGUCACACUAUUCGACGCCGGAGAGAAAGCACUACUUUCUCGCUUGAAUACCGAGAACUUCAUCUUGCUAAAGAAUCUGCUUUUAAGUGCUAAAAUUAUACUCUGGGUGUCAAAUGGAGGCGGAUAUACCCCUGACCCAAGUCAUGGAAUGAUCGACGGCUUCGCUAAGGUCUUUAAUAUCGAGCAGCCCCAAUCAAGACUAACGACGUUGGCUCUGGAUGGUAUUGGAACAAAGAAUCCUCAAGCAUCAACCGUCUCUAACAUUGUAUCCGUUCUACUUCAGGUUCUGAAAAGCACCAAUAUCAAUGAAUUGGAGGAUUACAGGAUGUUUGAUGGCGUAUUACAUAUGAGCCGGAUCCAAAAUGAUACCGCUAUCAGCCAAGCUCUUUCAGGAAAUAAGAUCGAAAACAAGACACUGGAGGCUGCAAGACCAUUUUCACUUGAGCUUCAGGCUUCAUCGUUGCUGAUAAGACAAAACGACUGCACCGGUGCAGUAUUGCAGGCAGAUGAGGUCGAAAUCGACGUUCGCGCGAUGGGCAUUGCUGCCGAUGAAUCUUCCAUCAUGAACAAGACGGAAUAUGGAAGAGAGUAUGCCGGGGUCAUAAAGAAGACUGGCUCUCACUCUUUUUUCCUCCCGGGAGAUCGGGUCUGUGCAUAUAGUUUCGAUCUUCCCAGAUCGAAUAUACGAGUGCGAGAAAAGAGUCUCGUUCGCGUACCAGACUCGGUGUCCUUUGCUGAGGCUGCAACACUUCCACGUGAUUUGUUGACUGUUGGCUAUUUGGUUCAGAGAGUUGUGAAUAUAUGCAAGGAAGAUGUGGUAUUGAUUCAUGGCGGUCAUACUCGAGUUGCCAAACUGCUCAUUAACCAUCUCACCGGUUAUGGCUGCAAAAAAUUAGUCACAGUGCCCACUAUAGAAGAGAAGGAAGCUAUAGAGAACUUCUUCGAAGGAGUUACAGCGUGCGUUAGCAUGUCUAGCUCCUGCUUUCCAGCAGGUUGCGCUACGGUGGUGGUCGAAUUCACCGGUACAUCUAACAUUUCUGACCUUGCACAAUGUGUUUCGCCUUUCGGUCAGAUAGUCAGUAUCGUCACAGCCAGCACGCAUACUGCAACAAGAGAUAUCUCGUCUGUUCCGGCAAACAUCUCACUCAAGCUUGUUGACAUGGAACAAGUUAUUCGAGGUUGGGUUCAUGAUCAGCCUCGGAUGCCGACUCAAUGUUUAUUGAACCGAUCUGUGGUCGACUAUUCGGCCAAGGUACAAUCAUUCCGCCUUGCCAGUCUCUCCCCAGAUGUAUCAAUACUUGCAAAUAUUGAUGAAGAGACGAGAGGUGUCAUUGAGUUUGAUAAUCAAGACAUGAUCGCAGUCACUAGCACCGUCAAACCAUCAUACUCCUUCGACCGCCAUUCAACGUAUCUCGUCGCAGGCGGACUAGGGGGGCUAGGGAAACUCGUAGUUCAAUGGAUGGCAUCGCGCGGCGCUCGUCAUCUCAUACUCCUUUCUCGCUCUGGGCCCCAUACAGAAGAUGCCAAAAGUUUUGUGCACGAGUUGGAAGUAAAAGGUGUUCAGGUUUAUGCUCCGGCUUGUGAUAUCACGGAAAAAUCAGCGCUUCAGGGUGUGAUAGCGUAUUGCUCUAAAAAUAUGCCUCCGAUCAAGGGGUGUAUUCAGGCGAGUGCGGUAUUGAAGGACAUCACAUACGAAAAAAUGACACUCGAGGACUGGACUGCCGUUACCAGAUCCAAAGUUCAAGGGUCCUGGAAUCUGCACAUCCUUCUCCCGCAAAAGAUGGAUUUCUUCAUCCUCGCAUCUUCAAUGACUGGCAUUCUUGGCCAAGCUACACAAAUCAACUAUGCAGCUGGAAACACCUUCCAGGAUGCUUUAGCCAAGUACCGCACAUCAAUCGGCGAAAAGGCAGUGUCUCUCGAUCUCGGAAUCAUUGGAUCGGGGGUCGGUCUCCUCGCUGCGAGAGAUGAUUUGAUCAAAAGAUUAAAGUCGACGGGUCUCUACGUGCCCAUGACUGAGACAGAUCUAUUGUCGCUUUUUGAGUAUUUCUGUGACCCGUGCCUUGAACCAGGCAAACUUCAAGCGCAGGUCGCUGCAGGGAUUGUGCCCCCUUCGCUUCACGGUAGUCGAGAUAUCGAAACGCCGGUGACAUUCCAGCAGCCGCUUUGGAGCCAUACACUAGAUAACUCAGGGGACGCCACCAGAAACGACGUUUCUGCCUUGGAGACCUCCCGAGACAACGAAAAUAAUACGCGGAGUAUCCACGCAGCUCUAACUCAAGCUCAGUCAUCCUCCCAAAUCCGAGAAAUCAUUACAGGAGCUCUAGUCGAUCGGUUUUGCCGUCUAACUUUGAUACCGCACGACAAAAUAGAUGUAGACAAACCGCUACAUGCUGUUGGAGCGGAUUCAUUGACGGCAGUUGAUCUGCGUAGCUGGAUUGUGAAGGAAUUGAAGGUUGAUGUUCCUGUAUUUGAUAUACUGGGGGGGAAUAUGUCGAUUGCGGCGUUGUGUAAUCAGAUUGCGACGGAAUGUGAGGGGAAGAAACCGUGA